AUAUUCAUUCUCUCAAAUACUUUUCUGCAGGAGAUUAACCAUGCUGGUGCUGGAGGGUUGUGGGCAGAGCUUGUGAGCAACAGAGGAUUUGAAGCUGGGGGACCUGAUAUCCCCUCAAACAUAGACCCUUGGUCUAUUAUUGGUGAUGAGUACUCAUCCCUUACACUGUCCACGGAGCGCUCAUCAUGUUUUGAGCACAAUAAGGUUGCACUCCGAAUGGAGGUACUAUGUGACGCAGAAGGUAACAAUAGCUGUCCAGCUGGGGGCGUUGGUGUUUAUAAUCCGGGCUUCUGGGGCAUGAAUAUUGAGAAAGGAAAGAAAUACAAAGUGGUUCUGUAUGUUCGUUCAUCAGGAGCAAUUAAUGUAUCCGUGUCAUUGACGGGGCCAGAUGGCUUGGAGACACUGGCAACUCAGGACAUAAUAGCUUCUUCUUGUGAUGUCUCAAACUGGAAAAAGAUGGAGGUCCUGUUGGAAGCCAACGCCACAAAUCCUAAUUCAAGACUUCAAUUGACUACAACCAGAAAAGGAGUUAUUUGGUUUGACCAGGUGUCAACUAUGCCCGUGGAUACAUAUAAGGGACAUGGUUUCCGAAGUGAGCUUGCUGAAAUGCUAGCAGAUCUAAAACCAAAAUUUAUCAGAUUUCCAGGUGGCUGCUUUGUUGAAGGUGAAUGGUUAAGAAAUGCAUUUCGUUGGAAAGCGACCAUUGGACCCUGGGAGGAGAGACCAGGGCACUUUGGUGAUGUUUGGAUGUACUGGACGGAUGAUGGCCUUGGUUACUUCGAGCUUCUCCAACUAACAGAGGACCUAGGUGCAUUUCCAGUAUGGGUGUUCAAUAAUGGUUUCAGUCAUAAUGAUCAAGUUAGUACCUUCAAUGUCAAGCCUUUUGUGCAAGAAGCCCUCGAUAGUAUUGAGUUUGCUAGAGGUGAUCCUAAUUCUACGUGGGGUUCUAUGCGAGCUGCAAUGGGACAUCCAGAACCAUUUGACUUGAGACAUGUUGCUCUUGGGAAUGAGGAUUGUGCGAAAAAGAAUUAUCGAGGAAAUUACCUCAAGUUCCAUACUGCCAUAAAGAAGGCUUAUCCAGACAUCAAAAUUAUCACGAAUUGUUUCGGAUUUUCUCGAAAGUUGGAUCACCCUGCAGAUUUUUAUGAUUAUCAUCUUUAUACAUCUGCCAACAACAUGUUUUCGAUGGCUCAUCGAUUCGAUGUUACAUCACGUGCUGGUCCAAAGGCUUUUGUAAGUGAGUAUGCUGCAACUGGGAAAAAUGCUGGCAAAGGAAAUCUUUUAGCAGCGCUGGCCGAGGCUGCAUUCCUUAUCGGGAUUGAACAGAACAGUGAUGUAGUUAGCAUGGCAAGCUAUGCACCACUUUUUGUGAAUGACAAUGACAGGCGGUGGAGUCCAGAUGCAAUUGUCUUUAACUCUUCACAGCUGUAUGGAACACCAAGCUACUGGGCACAACGUUUUUUCAGGGAGUCGAGUUCAGCAACUGUUCUUCAUUCAACACUCCAAACAAAUACAUCCACUUCCCAGCUUAUUGCAUCUGCAAUUAUGUGGGAAAACUCUGGUGAUAGCAAGAGUUACCUAAGAAUAAAGAUUGUGAACUUUGGAAACGACACAGUUAAUCUCAAGAUAAGUGUGGACGGAUUGGAACCCAACUCCACACUGUUAUCUGGGUCAACAAAGACCGAACUCACCUCUGGUAAUCUAAUGGAUGAGAAUUCCUUCAAUGAGCCAAAUAAGGUCAAACCUACCCAGAGUCCACUUGAAAAUGCUGGCAAGGACAUGGAUGUCGUACUCCUUCCAUAUUCUCUCACUUCAUUUGAUCUGUUGAAAGGAUCUAGCAACCUCAGAACCGCAAGAACUGAUUAUUUCUCUAGAUCAUCAUCUUUUUAAAAUAUUAACUGAUGAAAUAUCAAGUACUACUGUACUUUUGAGAAAUAAAGGUAAAAUAAAGGUAAUAACCCAACAAAAGAUGGCAUGCUUGCGUGCAAAUUAUUCAGUUGGAAUGUCAUGUUGUAUGUAAUAUCAAACUCGUUUCUUUUGGAAUAUCUGGAAUGUCUUUUUUUUUUAUUUCGUGGGGAGAGGUGGAUUUCGAACUCUAGACCUCCAUUUUGAAGGCCGGGGGGGUUAUGCCAACUUUCAUGCUUGUAAGUAUAUGUAUGAAUGCUCUUUAUCGUUGGUGAUGAAAUUAUA